AGUAAAGUCACUAUUGUAAAUUCAAAUAGAAUUUUUUGAAUUCUUUAUUUUAGAAUUAUUGACUAAAAAGUCGGAAUUAAGUUUAUGAUAACAGAUUUCACUGUAAUAAUAACUUGAAACAAGUACCAAUUUAUUGCGGGGUUUCUGUCCUGUGUUAUCCAGAUCACAAAAAAUGAGCACAAUUAAUCGUAGAAGUGAAUCCCGUGCGCCACUCGUUCAAGGUGAUAUUCAAGAUCCUUCUGUUUCAUCCACGUCUAACAUUAAACCAAGAAUACGUUACAUCAGAACUGAUUGCAUUGGAUUAUACUAUCCCAUCCCAAACAUCCAAGCUACAGAAGCUCCAAGAAAAGGAUUAUCAACUUCUACAGCUCUUAUUUUAGUGGCCAUUAUUUUUAUUUCAUCUCUAGUAGCAUUGGGGCUUUUAUAUAAACAAUUUCCAAAAUUAGAAGAGCAUGAGAAGCAGCAUUUGAAAUUGCCAUGGGAUCUAGAGGAUGCUAAACAGUUGGGUCUUGUUUUAGAUCGUUACAAGGACAGAUAUUUCUAUGAAGUAUUAUUGGGAGUAUUUAUGGUUUAUAUAUUUUUACAAACAUUUGCAAUACCAGGAUCAAUAUUCCUGAGUAUUCUUUCAGGGUUUUUGUUUCCUUUCUAUCUGGCAUUAGUUUUAGUAUGUUGUUGUUCUGCCAUUGGUGCAAGUUUGUGCUUCUUUUUAUCAAAUUUAUUGGGAAAGAAAUUAGUCAGGAGGUUCUUCCCGGAGAGAGCAGCACAAUGGUCGAAAGCUGUUACCAAGCAUAAAAACAAUUUGCUCAAUUAUAUGAUAUUUUUGAGGGUAACUCCAUUUUUGCCAAAUUGGUUUAUUAAUAUGUCUGCUCCAGUUAUUGGAGUACCAUUAUUACCUUUCGCCUUAGGGACAUUCAUUGGAGUGGCACCCCCAUCGUUUGUAGCCAUACAAGCAGGUCAAACUCUACAUACAAUGACAUCUACAAGUGAUGCCUGGUCAUGGACCUCGGUUACCAUACUCACCCUGUUUGCUCUGAUCUCUCUAGUCCCUGUAUUACUUAAACAGAGGCUAAAAGAAAAGUUUGAAUGAAUUUAUCUAUGUAUUUAUUUUUAGUUAAUUUAUUUUAGAAAAUUUAA